AUGGCUGAAAAUAUAGAGGAAGUGCAAGCAGAGGAAGGAAAUAUAGAAAACAGAGAAUCAGACGAAGCAAAUGAGACUCUUCAAGAAGACUCUACGGCAACUCUCUCCCUAUGCAGAACCAUGGAUACCUCAGACCAUACAUCAGCAUUUCAGGAGCAAUCAGAGUGCAGAACCAAACCCUGGGGCUCAAAAAAAAUUGUACCAGCCAGUGCAUCCAACGGAUAUUUUUCACAUAUUUCUUCCCUUUCUAGUCCCAAUUCAAGCUCCAAUGAUGUACCACCAGAACCAAAUGGGUAUGAUCCCAAAUCAAACGAUGGUAAUGGUAGAUACAAGUGGUCAGAUGUGGACAAUACUACAAGAGGAGGUUACCGCGGUAGAGCCAGAGGACGUGGGAGGAGAGGUUGA